CUCUGGCUCGCGUGAAAGUGGACGGCAGCGCGCGCAGGCAGGCAGGCAGGAGAGAGCGGCGCUCCGGUGCGCGCGGUGCAGGUGUCUCUCUCUCUCUCUCUCUCUCUCUCUCGAGCGCGCGCGAAGGAUUUCCGUUCCAGCGCGCGCUUUGCUCCGUGUUUCUGGGGAGUUUUUUGACGAACUUGGAAUAAAAAGGCGCCGAUGAUGCACGCGCUCACGCUCCUGCUCGUCCUCGUGCUCGGAGUUGGCGGCGACAACCUCGAGGGGCCAACAGCCGGCUGCACGUUUGAGGAGGACCCGGACGUCAGCCUGUGCGAGUACAGACAGGGACAGGAGGACGACUUCGACUGGCAGCUGGUGCGGACCACCAGCUGGCCCUACGUGCCCUCUGACCUCACGCGGGGCUCCUAUAUGCUGGUCAACUCUUCUCAGCACGGGUCGGGUCAGCGUGCUCAGCUGCUGCUGCGUCCGCUGAGCGAAAACGACACGCACUGCGUGCAGUUCAGCUACUUCCUAUACAGCCGCGACGGCCACAGCCCCGGGGGGCUCAACGUGUACGUCCGGGUGAACGGCGGGCCGCAGGGCAAUUCCGUGUGGAACAUUUCUGGAUCGAAUGGCCAGGAGUGGCACCAGGUGGAGCUGGCCGUCAGCACCUUCUGGCCCAGCGAGUACCAGGUCGUUUUCGAAGCCACGGUCUCAGCCGAGCAGAAGGGCUACAUCGGCCUGGACGACAUAGUGCUGCUAAACUACCCGUGUUAUAAGGUGCCUCACUUCACCAGGCUGGGGGACGUGGAGGUGAACGCUGGACAGAACGCCACCUUUCAGUGUGUAGCCACGGGACGAGCGGCCAAGACGGAUCCCUUCACCAUGGAGAGGCGUAAUGGUGUCCUCAUGACGCCACAUUCACUCACCUCAUUAGUUGGAGAGCGCCGGUUGGUCGCGUGGUUUCAGGUGGGUGGAGCUCAGCGCGGGGAGCAGGACCUUUACCGCUGCAUCACGCAGUCUUCUUACGGAGCGGCCGUGUCCAACUUCGCCGAGCUCAUCGUCAGAGUCCCGCCCACCCCGAUAGCCCCACCCCAGCUGCUGCGGUCGGGCCCCACCUACCUGAUCAUUCAGCUGAACACGAACUCCAUCGUGGGCGACGGUCCGGUGAUCCGGCGGGAGAUCGUCUACAGAGCCAGCCACUCUCCGUGGUCAGAGACGCAUGGGGUCAACGCUCUCACCUACAAAGUGUGGCAUUUAGAACCGGACACGGAGUAUCGCAUCAGCGUCCUCCUCACACGGCCCGGAGAGGGAGGAACCGGACCACCUGGCCCUCCGCUGGUCAGCAGAACCAAGUGUGCUGAGCCCAUGCGUCCUCUCCGCGGUCUGACCGCCUCAGAGAUUCAGUCCCGUCAGUUGGCUUUGCAGUGGGAGCCUCUGGGCUACAACCUGACGCGCUGCCACACCUACUCCCUGUCGCUAUGCUACCGUUACUCCACGGCGACGGGGGGCGGGGCAGGCGGCAACAACGCCACGGUGCGAGAGUGUCUGUCGGUGGAGAGAAACACCUCCCGCUUCACCCUCAGAGACCUCCCUCCAUUCAGACUGGUGCAUGUGCGGCUCGCACUGUCCAACCCUGAGGGCAAGAAGGAGAGCCGGGAGGUCACGUUCCAAACGGAGGAAGACAUCCCAGGAGGCAUUGCACCAGAGUCUCUCACCUUCACCCCGCUGGACGACAUGAUCUUCCUCAAGUGGGAGGAGCCUGUGGAGCCCAAUGGCCUGAUCACACAGUACGAGAUCAGCUACCAGAGCAUCGAGUCGUUCGACCCCAGCGUGAACGUCCCUGGGCCACGCCGCACCGUCUCCAAACUGAAGAACGAGACCUACCACAUGUUCUCAGGGCUCCAUCCUGGCACCACCUACCUGGUGUCCGUCCGCGCCCGUACCGCCAAGGGCUUCGGCCAGACCGCCCUGACUGAGAUCACCACCAACAUCUCCGCUCCUGCGUUUGACUACGAUGACAUCCCGUCUCCUCUGAGUGAGUCUGAGAGCACCAUCACGGUGCUGCUGCGCCCGGCGCUGGGCCGAGGAGCUCCCGUCAGCACCUACCAUGUGGUGGUGGUGGAGGAGGACGGCUCUCGGCAGGUGAAAAGGAGAGAGCUGGGUCAUCAGGACUGCUUCCCUUCCCCCUCGUCGCAGGGCGAGGCACAGGGCAGAUCCGGAGGCGUGCCCCCUCACUACUACACCGCGGAGCUCCCUCCCAGCAGCCUGCCAGAGGCCACUCCCUUCACCGUCGGGGACAACCACACCUACAACGGAUACUGGAACACUCCACUGGACCCCAGCAAGAAUUACCUCAUCUACUUCCAGGCUGCCAGCAACUUCAGAGGCGAGACGCGGAUCAACUGCAUCCGGAUCGCACGGAAAGCUGCCUGUAAGGACCAUAAGCAUGCUCUGGAGAUAUCCCAGCAUGCCGAGGACAUGGGGCUGAUACUGGGGGCCUGUGCUGGAGGACUGGUGGUCCUUAUCCUCCUGCUGGGAGCCGUUGUCAUCAUCGUCAAGAAAGGGAGGGAUUUUUACUCGUACCCUUACUAUCCAAGGAAGAAAGUGAACAUGAACAAAGCAGCCAUGACCUAUCGUCAAGAGAAGAACCGAAAGCUGGGUUCUCUGGAUUGCAGCACGGCCGAUCAGAGCACGCUGCAGCAGGACGAGCGCACCACGCAUACCUUCAUGGAUACACACAGCUGCAGCGCCAGGACUGAGCAGCGCAGCUCAGUGAACGAGUCCAGCAGUCUGCUGGGCGGAUCUCCACGACGCCACUGCCGGAGGAAAAGCUCUCCAUACCACACGGGUCAGCUGCACCCUGCGGUACGCGUGGCCGACCUGCUGCAGCACAUCAACCAGAUGAAGACCUCUGAGGGCUACGGCUUCAAGCAGGAGUACGAGAGCUUUUUCGACGGCUGGGACGUCACCAAAAAGAAGGACAAGACCAAAGGCAGACAUGAUACCCUGCUGGACCAUGACCGUCAUCGGGUCAAGCUGCACUCUCUCCUGGCCGAUCCCAACUCUGACUACGUCAACGCCAACUACAUUGACAUUCGGAUAAACAGGGAAGGUUAUCAGCGCUCUAAUCACUUCAUCGCGACUCAAGGGCCCAAGCAGGACAUGAUCUACGACUUCUGGCGGAUGGUGUGGCAGGAGAACUGCUACAGCAUCGUGAUGAUCACCAAGCUGGUGGAGGUGGGCCGGAUGAAGUGCUGUAAGUACUGGCCUGACGACAGCGAGCUGUACGGAGACAUUAAAAUCACUCUGCUGAAGACCGAGACGCUGGCCGAGUACACGGUGCGCACCUUCGCCAUGGAGCGGCGAGGAUACCCGGCCAAACAUGAGGUUUGCCAGUUUCAUUUCACCUCAUGGCCGGAGCACGGAGUGCCGUAUCAUGCCACGGGCUUGCUGGCCUUCCUUAGGAGGGUCAAAGCCUCCACGCCCCCCGACGCCGGCCCCGUAGUGGUCCACUGCAGUAUGGGUGCUGGGCGGACAGGCUGCUACAUCGUCCUGGACGUGAUGCUGGACAUGGCGGAGUGCGAGGGAGUGGUGGACAUCUACAACUGUGUCAAGACUCUGUGCUCACGGCGCAUCAACAUGAUUCAAACUGAGGAGCAGUAUGUGUUUAUCCAUGACGCUAUCCUGGAGGCCUGCCUGUGUGGGGAGACUGCCAUCCCGGUCAGUGAGUUUGCUCUCACCUACAAGGACAUGCUGAGGGUCGACACCCAGAGCAACACCUCUCAGCUCCGAGAAGAGUUCCAGACUCUAAACUCGGUGACCCCUCACCUGGACGUGGAGGAGUGCAGCGUGUCCCUGCUGCCCCGGAACCGGGAGAAGAACCGGAGCAUGGACGUCCUCCCGCCAGACCGCGCCCUGGCCUUCCUCGUGUCCACUGAGAGCGACGGCAACAACUACAUCAACGCUGCGCUGAUGGACAGCUUCCUGCGGCCCGCCGCCUUCGUUGUUACCCCGCACCCCCUGCCCACCACCACCGGGGACUUCUGGAGGCUGGUGUUCGACUACGGCUGCACCUCCAUCGUCAUGCUCAACCAGCUGAACCAGUCCAACUCCGCAUGGCCCUGUCUGCAGUACUGGCCUGAGACGGGCAUGCAGCAGUUCGGACCCAUGACAGUGGAGCUGCUCUCCAGGUCCACAGACGAUGAUGUCAUCACGCGACUGUUCCGAGUCAAUAACAUCACACGGCUCCAAGAGGGUCACCUGGUGGUCCGCCAUUUCCAGUUCCUGCGCUGGUCUGCCUACCGUGACAUCCCCGACUCCAAAAAGGCCUUCCUCACCCUGCUGGCCCAAGUGCAGAAGUGGCAGAGGGAGUGCGGGGAGGGUCGCACCGUGGUCCACUGCCUGAACGGCGGUGGACGUAGCGGCACCUUCUGCGCCUGCACCAUGAUAAUGGAGAUGGUUCGGCACCACAGCAUGGUGGACGUCUUCUACGCCGUCAAGACUCUCCGCAACUCCAAGCCUAACAUGGUGGAGACCAUGGAGCAGUACCGAUUCUGCUAUGACCUGGCCCUGGAGUACCUUGACUGCCUAGAGGUCAGAUAACACCUGAACGAGUGACCGGACCACCAGUGGAGGAGCGAGCGAGCCUUUCUGAGUCUGCGCCUUGAAUCUCUGUCUGUUUUCCUUCUUCUCUCUGGUCUCUCAGGCCUGGACGGACGAGCCUCUCUGUCGUGGGAAUGUAGAUGGCGGGCGUGGGGGACCGGCUGUGUAUUAUACUUUUUUGCUUUUGUGUCUUUCUCUCUCUCCUUUUGGCUCAUCGUGCAAAGAUGUAUCCUCUCUGAGAGCUGCUGGGGAACGGGCUGGAACGGGUGCGGACGGUGGCCGGCGACGGAGACCCCUGCGUCUGUGUCCGUUUUCGCGGCCGGGGUGACUGUCGCGCUUUGAUUUCUGACUCCACGAGCUCAGCCAAUCUCUGCCUUACUCACUGAGCUAGAGGAACCCGCUGUGUUCUAACAACACCAAGAGACCGCAGCAACAAAAAAACACGGGCGAUGUUGUUUAUGUAGAGUGUGUGUAUCGUUAUUCCCUGUACCUGGUGCAAUCUAAUGUGGACAGGCGGAGGACGCCCUGAAGGAGACCACGGCGUGACGGGGACCAGAAGGUGGACUUCUGAUCAGUAUUUCGACGCGAUGCACAGUUGGAUUAAUUUAUUGUUCCGUUGUAAAUACCGUAGAUAUUUUCCAAAACCUGUUUCUAGAUGUCGUCUCCGAUGUGCCAUUUCUCUUUCCGUGUGCGUGUUACAAAAAAAAAAAAAAAAAAAAGCAAGGGGGCACCA